AUGCGCCAUCCUGUUUACAAGAUUGGAUCGGAAAUCUACUUCUGCUGGCCACGCACUACCCUUCGGAGGAGACCGACCAGGGUCUUUCUCCGUCCACCUUUCGGACUCAUCCUUGUUCACACUUCUGCACAGACAGACCCUCACCGUAUUGCUCUACACUUCGUUCUUCUACGCUCAUCAAAACUACCUUCCCUCGGUCUCAACCCAGGCGGCACCAUUGUCCGUCAAACAGUCGUCCGUCCCAGUCACAGUGCAGGACACCCUGCGUCACCUAGAGCAGAAGCAUCAAAGAUGAGUGGAACCGGUCCUUCGGCUGGGGGAAUGCGGCAAAGAAGAGGAGCACCCUCAGGAAAGCGCUUUCUCAGUUCGCCUCUACAAUGACGCGGCACCCGGCUUCAAGGUCGGCCCCUUCUUUGUCGUCAUGAGCUCUAUCGUCUAUCUCGUCGUGGUCGUCUUGCUCCACAUCUGGGGCCGUCUAGGAUCCAAGUAACUCUUCUACUGUUGUCUUCAUUGUCAAUGUCGGCACGCUCGAUGCAGCGUUUGAUUGAGUGACGCGUGCCUCGAAUGGCCAAAAGGCUAUUUCAGAAGAGAGCUUGCUACAAACACGGGCGCCGUACCGUGCUUCCAUCUUUAUCAUCUUGCCCGCACUUUUGUUGCACAUUAAUAAACCGUUGUUACUCAC